GCUGGUAAACAGCCCCGUCUCCGUGGCAACCGCCGAGGGGUGGGGCGCCACGUGCUUCCGGUGGGAUCCGGAACCUGCCUGGCCUGGGCCGGCCUGCGUAAACUAAGUUGGACAAGCCAGGGCACGGAGAGCCGAGGGCCUGCAGUCCCUGGUUCAAGGAUUCCAGACGCAAGUCCUUGGUGUGGCCCUGCCCCAUGGAGGCCACAGGGCCCUGGGCCUGGGCCUCUGACACCUUCUCUCCUCUUCCUGACCUGGCCUGACUCUCUGGGGAGACCUUGAGAUUCGGAGUCCCGCAGCCUGGCUCCUUCCCCUCCACCCUGCUCAGAAGCUAUGGUCCACUACCUCAGCCAUUCUGUUGGAGCUGAACUGGCAGAUGAAGGUGGAACCCUGGCACCCUGGACCUCCUGGUCUCUUUGGGAAUGAAGGUCAUUGCUGUAUUCAUUGUCUUUAUCUUCUGCUGGACAACCUCCACCCUCAGCAGCUUCUGGCAAUUCCAGAGGAUGGUCAAGCACAUCACAGGACGCAGCGCCUUCUUCUCCUAUUAUGGAUACGGCUGCUACUGUGGGCUUGGGGGCAGAGGAGUCCCUGUGGAUGCCACAGACAGGUGCUGCUGGGCUCAUGACUGCUGUUACCACAGUCUGAAGGAGGAUGGCUGCCAGCCAAUCUUCAAUGGCUACCAGUUCAGCGUUGUCAACGGGACUGUGGCCUGUGGAUGCUCCCUGGCUGGCAGCUGCCUCUGUGGGCAGAAGGCCUGCGAGUGUGACAAGCAGUCUGUGUACUGCUUCAGGGAGAACCUGGGCACCUACGAGAAGGCCUUCAAGCAGAUCUUCCUCGGCAGGCCCCAGUGUGGCAGACACAAACUCCGGUGCUAGAGAGGCCACCAUCCCUCUGUCACGUGGUGACCCUUCCGGAAAGCUGUCUCCGACCACGUCUGACAACCCCCAGGCUCCUGCAGCUCGCCAUUGCAGUCUAGGGAGUGUCUUCUCACUCAGCUCCGGGGACUGGAAGUAAGAAAUGGAGAAUUCCUGCUCUGGAACAGACCGUGGGUGUCUGGCAAUUCAGAGGCACAUUCCAACCCAAGUAAGCGCUAGGAAUCAAGAAACAAGGGUCGGGGUGGGAGGCUGCCUCCAAUUCCAGCAUUUGGGAGGUGGAGGCAGGACAGGCAGGAAUUCAGGGGCAGCCUCCACUACAUGGUAAGUUUAAGGCUAACCUGGGCUACCUGAGACCCAAACCCUUUUCCCAGGAAAGGGGAAAAAACCCAAGAUCUAAUCUAAACUCUCCUAUACCCCCAAUCUAAGUCAGGACAUGAGUCUGAUUGGGGAACCGAGUCCUCCACCCAGCUCUGGCUGGGAACAAAGCAGGUCUCUUAGAAAAUACAGCCCCACGAGCCUCACCUGGAGUCUGGUCCUUGUUUAUCCAGGUCUGCCAUCUGUAAACCCUCUGGCAGGACUCAGGCUGGUCUGGUGACUCAUAAAACUGGGUGCCAUUACAAAGAUGCUGUUCAUUACUGCCACAAGGAUGCCACGGCAAAGAUGACAUGAAGAAAUGGAAAGAUGAUGGGGGACAGUGGAUCCAAGGCACCCUAAAUCUCUACCCCCACUUAGAAGCCUCUGGUCCUGUAAGUCUUAAAUCUAGUAAACAGGGAAGGUCUAAUUGAGGUGGAGUCAGUUUUGUGGUGCCAGAUUGGAAUAAUGGAUCUCAGGCACAGCUGUGACCAGGCUCGACUCCCUGCUUGGUGGCAUUUGCUUUUUGUGUCCUGGCAUUCAACACUUUCCUUUUCAUCCCUUAAAUCUGGGACUCUGCUUGGUAAUGCAGACAAAGCAAAGGUCUUAAGGGCAGACUUCGGCCUCUGGGGUCCAGGGCCGGUCUACUGUGAAGACACCUGUACCCACCAGGAGGAAGCCCGGGCUCAGCCUCCUCAAUGAUGAGAGCUUGCUGGGUCAGCAUCAGCAACAGCAAAUCUGGGCUCAGCAGAGACUUCACAAGCAUCGAGGAACACAGCCGAACCCAGGCUGAACUCAUACACAUAGAACCAUGAAUCUCAUACAGGAAGCUACAUUGUCAUGAUGCUUCAGCGCGGCUGGUUCCACAGCACUGCCUAGCUGACGAUGCUGGUCUUUAUUCACCAGUAUUGCCAGGUUCUCAGCACUUGGGCCAGACUUGGAGGCCAUGGGAAUGUAGGUGUCCCCAUACCCUCCCCAGUGGGUAUUGGGGAGAUGACUGGAUUUGGGUAGUGAUAACACACAGGGCUGCCUCUGCUUAGUAGGUCACCCAACAUGUGUGCAUUGAGCCCAUACUGUGUGCCAUGUGCGGGUGAUGAGCAGCAGGGAUUUAAAGAAGCACACACAGACUCAAGUCUAAGAAUUUUGAAUUCCAAGGGGAAUGCUGAGAGUUGUAGCAGCUUCUACCAGUGCCAGGGGUUAAAACCUGGAUUGAGAAAGCAGAGCACAUGAAGACAGAAGGGCUCCGUGGAGAGCCAGGGCCCCGGAAGACUUCCUGGUUCAACCUACAGUCGCCUUUCUUCCCCCAGCCUGCCAUGUACAGAAAGCAGAUGUGUGUGGGCCAGGGGGGCAGGAAUCUUUGGCCCGGGAGCCUUGGGGGUGGGCUCAGGCAUGACACCAGUGUGGCUAGGCUAGGCCAGUAGCACGCCACCUUCUGGGAGGUCCUGUCAUAUCAGACUGGUUCUCACCUGGGAAGAUGUCUGAACGAAGGCUGGGGUGGAAGAAGGGCCAGGAUGAUGUUCAGCAUGCCUCCAUGACUAGGUUGCUAUGUGAGAUCCAGGUCUCCUUUGCCUCUGGGGCCAGCUUCGGUACGGAAGUGGAUGGAAUAAGUUAUGGAUGGUGCAUGAGUCCUAGUCAGUGCCCAGAAUCAAAGCAGGGAGUAUUGCAGUUGUAAAAGGAUGCUGUUGGUGCUUGCGGGAAAUGCCGCUCUCCUGGAGGGCAGUCAUUCAUCGGCAUUGGGGACUGACUUACCCCAGGUCCAUGAUGAAGGUUGAGAAGUAGAAAUUCUACUCCAAGGAGCUGUCAGACUGGGGAGGAAGGACACAAGGACCAGAUAGCUUGAGAGGUGCUGAGAUCGGUGUCUGCCUGGGAACAAUGGCCACUGUCUGGGAAGAAAGCUUCAAGGAACCAGGCUUGGGGUGGGCUCACAUCUUGUCCGAGACCCUAAAGAAGAGAGUUGAGAUGGCCAAGUGUGGUGUGUGGACUCUGCCCCCCACCAACAAGUGUGGUGUGUGGACUCCCCCCUCCCCCCACCCCGCAGACAGACUGAGGAUAAUGUAGGCAUCAGAUUCUUCUGAAAUCCCACAUCCCACCUUUAAGCUGCUGGCAUGGCCUGGCCAGCACACCUCGAUUCUGUAUUUAUAAAAUAAUUUGUUGAAAUGAUU